AUGAAUCGUAAUGAAAUUUCUAGUUUAUUAGAUUUAUCUUCAGAAAGUUCGUUUGACGAUACUGACGAAGAUCCCAACUGGAAUGAUGAAGAUGUGUACAGUAGUUCCGAGGAUGAGUCUUCUGCUUCUCCUGUGAUGCGUGGAGAUGGUAAUGAUUGGAAUAAUGUUAUAGACGAACAACCAAAUUCUAAUGUAAUUUAUAAUCCAAAUAAUGAAUGUGUUGGGAUAAAUGAGGAUAUUGUUGAAACAAUGAUUGACUGUAGCCCUUAUGAUUUUUUUGCAUUAUUUUUUGAUGACGAAGUUUUAAAACUUAUAGUACUCGAGACUAAUCGGUAUGCAAAUGAUAAAAGAAAUUCAUGCAAUCUAUCUCGUAAUGCUCGAAUAAAAAAGUGGAAAGAAACCGAUGUAAAAGAAAUUAAAACUUUUUUCGGUUUAGUUAUAUGGAUGGGAUUGGAUAAAAUGCCUACCAUAGGCCAUUAUUGGAGAAAUACAACGUUAUUUUCGAGCAACAUUCCUCAAUAUAUGUCGAAAAACCGUUUUGAAUUACUACUAAGUGUAUUACAUUUUUCUGAUAAUAAUACAGCUACAUCUUAUAACCGUUUGUAUAAAAUUCAACCACUUAUUGAUUUGCUUGUCUAUAAAUUUAAUGCAGUACUUAUACCUAAUGAUUCAAUGUGUAUUGAUGAGUCAAUGGUUCCGUUUUCGGGACGACUUGGAAAAGAAGCUUCCGACAAUACUUCAGUUGCUACUAAAGUGGUGUUUGAACUAUUAUCGGACUACUUAGAUUUUGGACGAACUUUAUAUGCCGAUAAUUGGUACAACAGUAUAGACCUUGCUGAAAAAUUAUUGGAUAGAAAUACUCAUUUGGUGGGAACUUUACGAAAAAACAGAAAACGGAUUCCAAAAGAAAUAGUGACAACAAAAUUGAAAAGAGGUGAAAUGAUAGCUAAACAGAAUGGCCUUGGUGUAACAGUUCUAAAAUGGAAAGAUAGAAGAGAUGUUCUCAUGAUUUCAACUAAACAUGGUAAUUCAAUGAACGAAGUUCAAAUGAAACGUGGAAAAAAAAUAAAACCUAAUGUGAUUAUUGAUUAUAACCGUGGCAAAGGAUUGAUUGAUGUAAGUGAUCAGAUAGGUGCUUACCACACCUGUUUGCGUAAAGGAGUAAAAUGGUAUCGUAAAGUAGCCUUUGACAUAAUAUGUAAUACAGCAGUAGUAAAUGCAUUUAGUCUUUACAAAGCAGUCACCAAUAACAACAAAUCUAUUACACAAUUUAGAGAAGACAUUGCUCUCGACAUGGUUAAAAAAAAAGAGGUCAACUCGCAACAAACAUCUACAAUUAUACCACACCAUACUUUAGUCAAAGAUAAAAAAAGGGCAAGAUGCUAUGGAUGUUACAGGCAAUGUUGCCGUGAAGAAGGCACGAUCAAUGCAAGAAAAAAAGCAAAACGUGUACACACAAAAUGUGAAGUAUGUGAAAGAUAUUAUUGUCUACAAUGCUUUUCAACGAACCAUAAUAUUAAAGUAAAAUAA